AAUAUGGUUGUGUUAAGUUAACUAAUUCUGGUUAUGGUUAUUGUGAUACUCAUGCGCAGAAACAUCGUAGAAGAGAGUAUAGGCAUUGGAAAAAGCUGGAGAAGGUGGCAGAAAAAAAUACAUAG